UAGGUACAUACUGUAGACGGUGAUUAUUUUUCUGGAUUGUGUGGUUAUGUUGUAGAACCUGUGGGUUUUAUUGGACUUAUUUUGCUGUAUUGGAAUGUAAUAGAUGAGCCGUGACUUAUGUUGUAAAUCAAAUGUCAAAUGAUGCUACAGUUAGAACAACGUAUUGUUGAUGCUGAAUCGAGGAGGGAUAAUGCUGAAAUGCAGGUGAAAGAAAUGGCCAAUCAGCUUUCCUCAGUUAAACUGGGGCGCGAGGAAAAUCAGGAAUCCUCUCGGACGUCUAAAGAAAUGCGCAAACUGGUGAGGUCAUGUCAGAUCAAAGAAGAGGAGAUUAUGGCAUUACAAAGUGAGCUCGACCAACAGAAAUCAAUGCGAGAAGAGGAUGGAUUAGCAGUGGAAGAAAAAGCGGCCAAGAUUAAAGAAUGGGUGACCCAGAAAUUGUCAAAUCUUGAGCAAGAAAACCAGCACUUGAGGCUGUCCAACCAAAGAGCUCAAGAAUUAAUCCGAUCCCUACAGAAACGACUUAUCGUUAUUGACAAAAGGAAAUCAUUCAUCUCUUCUGAAUUAAUACCAACACCGACCGCACCUACAAGAUCACAUACACCUAUGGAAUAUACAAAAAUGGAAUUCCUUGAAGCUGAUACAGCCGAAGUAAACUCACCGCGUGCUUGCUCUCCUCCAAAGGUUCCUGCACGACCCUCAAUUCGUGGAAAGGCUGUUUUGACAAGACAAGAUGCUGAUUCAUCGGGAGAUGAAGUGCGUCCCAUGAGGCCAACUCCUCCGAAACGAACUCGCAGGAGCCCGGGUGAAUCUCCUGUACAUGCUCUGAUUAAGGUGCAUGAAGAAUUGAUAAAAAUUGAGGAAGAGAAGGUUAAUGGCAAUGGAAACUUCAUGUGCAUGGCGUGCGAGUGGGGUAAAGAAAGGUUGCCUCCUGGUCUUCAUGAAGAGGACGAGGAUUGGACACGUACUUGGCCUCGUAGAUUUAGCCGGGCUCUCACAGACACGAUGAGAAGCCAAGGGUCAUGUGAUACCUGCUCCCACCAUACGUCACGGGAACCUUUAGCCCGAGAACAGAUGACUGUAGAUGCUUGUAUACAGACUGAUGGGUAUGAUGAUGCCUCACUCCAUCCAGAAGCAAUUGCAAUGGAACAUUUUUCAAAUGAUGCUGUCUCAGCUACGGAAUCCGAAAUUGCUGCUGGGGAGAUUCCUGGACAUGUGACUUCGGGCAUCGAUCGUGAAAGUUAUGAUCCAGAUAGCCAAGAUGAUUUCACAGCAGCCAGUCAAAUAAUAGAUGAUGAAUUGGACCCAGACAAUGUUGAAAUGAUUGGACACAUUUCCACUGAUUCAAUACCUGAAUCUUGCGAAAUUAAUGGCAGUAACGAUUACCUCUGUCAAAAUCCAAACGUUGAAGCAGACAAUGCUGUCGAUUCAGAAUAUGAAUCAAACCAAUAUGCACCUAUAACCUAUCAGGAUUUAUUUGCUUCUGAUGAUGAAGAAACAAAUGGUGAAGGGAAGUACGAGAGCAUGGCAUCAUUCCACUCGGAGCAGUUGCCGAGUGAAAAUGAAUAUUACUUACCUGACGAGAUUCCUCCAAGGUUGAAUGAAAGACUGGAUUCUAAGUCCUCUGGAGUGUCGAAUGCUGCUAGUCCUGAUCUUAAGAAUAAACCACCACCUCCACCAUUGCAUAAGAUGCCAUCAUGGGAAAAUCGUAUAUACAAUGUGGCUAGUGAGGGUAUACGAAUGUCUGCAAGUCUUGAGAAUCUUACAGCACCAAGCAGAAAGUCCAGUGCUGCUAUUUACCAACCAGGAGACAAUGAGUUUGCUAACGCUAUCUACAAAGAGAUGGACGUUCCUGUCUACACAACAUUACGAGGGGCUGCAGCUCAGAUUCGUAGCACUCCAUUCACCGGCGAAUCUUCCGACUCGUCCGACGAAGAGUAUGGUAGAGGGAAGCGGAAGUCUGGGAAGGUUGGCAUUAGCAAAGCCAGCGUGGAGAGGACCACAGUUGCAUCUACAGUUAGUGCAACAUCAUCGUGUAGAUCACCUGAUCCUAGUGCCCCCUCUGCAAAGAAAAGAGGUGUGUCUGGACAAUCUGCUAUCUCAGAAGGAGACUAUGCCAUCCCGCCUGAUGCCAUGUCUUUCACGGACAGCAACCACUCGGAGGAACCAGAGCACAAGCUCCUCAAGACAUGUGCUGCCUAUACAACCGAGAACAUGAAGAAGGAAGCAAUGGAGAAGUGUGGCUGGCUCACCAAGCUAGGAGUUAAAGUGAAAAGUUGGAAAAGACGGUGGUUUGUUUUGAAAAAUGGAGAAUUACGAUAUUAUAAAUCACAGAAUGAUGUUUCAAGGAAGGCUCAGGGACUUAUUCCAUUGGAUGGGAUGUGUAAGAUUGCACGGUCCAAUGGAGCUCACACAUUUGAACUUGUUACCACCAAGAGGGUGUACUACCUGACAGCAGACUCUACCGCCACGUUAGAAGAAUGGAUCCAAGUUUUACAAAAUGUUUUGCGUCGCUACAAUACACAACCAAUGUUUGAACAGACAGGACAGCAGCCAGCCAUUAAAGGAUGGAUAAAUAAAGUAAAGCACGGACAUAGUAAGAAAUGUUGGUGCGUUCUUUUAGGAAAGACAUUUGCAUAUUUCAAGAACCAAGAAGAUAAGCUACCUGUGGGUACAAUCAAUAUGCGUGAAACCCAAGUUGAAGAAGUUGAUUGCUCGAUGGAUUCGGAUGAUGAAAGCAGAAUCCCAGUUGAAAAAGAAGACGAGCCAAAAUAUGUGAUUGUGAUUCAUGUGAACCAUCAGAUACAAGGCCCAACUUAUUUGCUAAUGAACUCCAAAGAAGAAAAGGACACUUGGCUUUACCAUCUCACAGUAGCUUCUGGCUCGGGACUGGGAAAUAUUGGAACUGAAUACGAACGACUUAUUGCCAAGCUGAUGGAUGUAGAGGGCGACCCUUCCAGCACGCUGUGGCGUCAUCCUCAUUUGUGUCAAAGCAAGGACAGCAUUGACAAGCCGCUAACCACACUGCCUUCAGAAGCCCUCAAGAAAGAGGCUGUUAAGUUGAACAAGGCUUGCAACUUGUUUAUCAACGUCAUGAUGGACUCCCCAGCAAUUGACUACCAUGUUAACCUAGCCCAAAGUGCUUUGCAGACCUGCGUCACACACCCAGAGCUUCAGAAUGAAAUGUAUUGCCAGCUGAUCAAACAGACUACUCCUAAGCCUCCAAUUACGGCCACCAGUCUCCAGAACUUACUCUGUGGCACGCAUAAUUGGUUUGCCUCCUGCGAAGGGGCAGGGCAUACCUCUAUCUCAUCUUCCAUGGUUGAUCUCACACAAGAGACUCAAAACAGUACUCCCACUUUUGCAUUCCUGCAGGCGUGGCAGCUUCUGGCAAUGUGCACAACGCUGUUCCUGCCGCGGCAGAAGUUUAUGUGGCUACUCAAGAUACAUUUGCAAAACCAUUUCAAUUCUCAAACUGAAGUUGGGAAAUAUGCAAUAUUCUGCCAGAGAACUUUGGAACGAACUUUGAAGAAUGGUGUGCGUGAAGCACGUCCAUCAAGAACAGAAGUGCUGUCAAUCAUACUACGGAAUCCUUUCUACCAUUCUCAUCCAAUCAGUGUUCCUGUACAUUUUAUGAAUGGUUUAUAUCAGGUGGUGAGUUUUGAUGGGUCCACGACUGUACGAGAGCUUAUAACCACUCUGAACCAGCAAAUAGGAAUGCGCGACACAGAGCAGUCAGGCUUUGCUUUGUUUACUGAUGAUCCAUCAGGAAGAGAUGCGGAGCAUUGUCUACAAGGGAGUGUUAAGGUUUGUGAUGUGAUAUCAAAGUGGGAGCAGACAUUAAAGGAGGCACAGAAUGGUAAAAUUGAAAGCACCAAAGUUGUUAAACUGACUUAUAAAAACAGGUUGUAUUUCAGAAGAGAAGUGAAGAAAGAGACAGAACGAGAGCGUCUUCUUGUAACGUAUCAGAUUAACGAUGAUGUGAUCCAUGGUCGAUUCCCAUUAAAUAAAGAACUAGCCUUAGAGUUGGCAGCGCUUAUGAUUCAGAUUGAUAAUGGUGACUGCAAACACUCGGCUGAUGGAGCAGGCACCAUGGCAGAAACAUUGGACAAAGCAGUUGACAAAUUCUACCCCAAAAGAUACAAAACAAAUGCUGAGGAUGAAAUGAGAACAUUAAAAAUGAAGCUGUCAGACAAAUGGACAGGACUACGGGGACGCACUCAGCAGGAGUGCAUACGCAUCUAUCUCGGUGUGACCAGGAAGUGGCCGUUCUUGGGAGCUAAGUUAUUUUCAGCUAAGACCAAAUUUGGAAACUGUGGUGAUAUUUACAUCGCUGUACAAGAUGAUAGUAUUAGCCUUCUAGAUUAUUCCACCUUAAUUCUUGAGAUAACUCUGCUUAUAGCAAGCUACAUUAACGCCAUUGUUAAACAACAAAAUCUGACAUAUGAGCCAUCAUCAGCGCAACAAGUCUCCCCUUCAAGCGUCAUUGACAAGAAGGUUUGGGACUUCGAAAGCAGUCAUCUACCAGAAAUUGGAAAAAGACAUAGUCGUCUGCUAUAAACUACAGUGCCCCUAUGUACAUGAAAACCAUUGUCCGCUAAUAAAUAACCGCUGUCUGGAUUUAAAUAAUUGACAUUUACUGCAAAUACAUAGUUGUCUGCUAUGAAAAAUGUCUUCGUUAUUUGCUAUAAAUAUUGUAUUUUCUUCUGAUAGAUGGUCAUGCAAUACAUUGUAUAGUUGUAGAUAUAAGUUGUUAUGUUUUAUAAUGUAAAUAAAAUCUUAAAAAAAACAAAACAAAUAUAGGCUCUAUUUUAAAAUAAUAAUGAAUAAAGUACCAUUAAUCAUGUAUGAAUGCAAUGUAAGUGAUUCAACUGCUGCUAUAACACUAGUGCCAUGAACACUUUGUGCAAUUAUGUAACAAAAAUAGCAUCCAAGAAAGCUGAAGCUUGACAAGGAUCUGUCUCAGCUUGAGGAGUAUUGAUUAUGGUAAAAAAAAAAUGGCAGUUUUCAUUAGGAAUUGAACCUAGGAUCUUAAGAUUGUAAAGAGGGUGCAUUAACCACUAAACCACAAAUCCACACAGUAUAACGCCAGUAUAAUGCCAAGCAAUGAUAUCAGUAUUUGAAACAUUUAAAAAAGAAACGUAUUUGAUAAAGCAGCUGCUGAAAUUAAGGAUCUUUUGCUGCGGUCACACUACAGAACCUCAAACCCGCCUUGGCUGAGUACGGGUGAGAAAUUUGUAAUCUGAAUCAACCUUGGUUGACGCAUGGCUGACUUGAAAUUGCUCUCAUCCCAGAAAGCUGCUACCUUCACAUUUGCCCUGGGUUGACCUAGAAUUUACCAUUCCACUGUCUCACAAAAGCCUGUGAGCAAAAUAUGACCAAUCACAGUCAGCAUUUCUAUGUAUAUGCGCAAGGAUUUCAACAAGACUAGACUCGAUUUGGUCAAUCCAGGUAAGGGUGGACACUGAUCAUUUUGAAGCCCGGCAUGAGAUCUCAACAAUACUGAAUCAACCCAGGCUUGAGACUCUUAUGUGACCGUAGCCUUUACAGAAAAAUAUCUAUUUUGAAGAGAGGAACUUUGUUAAUAAUGUACAUUAUUGUAUAGCUUGUUUUUGUAUGUGAGUCGCUACGUGGUGGACCACGUUGGAUCCUUUGACCUGGUGACAAGAGGAAGAAUAAAUUUAAUAACCACAAGAAUACAUUAUAUAUUUUGGAUGCAUACAUAUCUGCAUUUGUUCAAUUUUAAUACUCCUAUUUUUUGAUGAAAUAGGAAGUGUGAACCAAAUAUCUGUGAUAAUGAAAAGCAUUAAACAGUAUAUCAUGAACCAUGUAGCAAA